AUGGGGAGGAGGGGGGAGGGCGGAGGCGGCGCCACGGCUCGCACACACUCGCACACACACGCGCUCCCACUCCACCCCCGGCCGCUCCCCGCCCGAGGGGCCGCGCGGCGGCGGGGAACGGUGCAACCUGUUGGCGACGCUCGGCAACUGCAGGGGCGGCCGCAGCCCCCGCCCCCACGCCCUCCGUGGGGGCCCCGCCACCCCGGUCCCGACGGCGCCUGCACGCCCCCGGUCCCCCGGCCCCCGGCAUGGCCGGGAAGUGGCUGCCGGCCGCCGCCCCCACCCCCCUCCGAGCGCGCGGGACUUCCAGCCCCUCCACCCCCCGGCAAAGAGAGGUGGCGGCAGUUGGGGGCCGACCUGGUCUCUCUAGGGCGGGCUUGGGAGCGAAGCCGAGUUUCUCUAGUUUGUCUUCUUGCUGCCUCCUUCCCGCCCCCGCCCAGCUCCGCGACUCCCGAACCACUCUGGAGCUUGCUCGGUCCCUCGGCGGCGACCGCCGUCAGCGCCCCUGCGGGUGACAGCGGGCUGUCCGGCGGGUGGAGGGGGCGAGGCGCGGCCCGCAGCAGCGCCGCCGGGGUGGUCCGUGUCGCCGCCCCGGAGCCGAGUUGCACGAAGUGUGUCACUUAG